UAAACGUCCGAAAAUUCAUAUGGCUGAGCACGGGAUGGGAAACGCUGACAUUAGUGCUACAGCUUACCAGAACGAAAACCGAGAGGGAUCAUUCCCCAAGACCCGUUAGCUAAUUAGCUAACUUGCGAAGGCCAGAUACCGCAUUGAAGCCAACGGGAAAGGAACUCGUUAGGAGCAUCCAGCUGAUACCAAGUGAGCCUUCUGGAUCCAACGUGCUGACUCAGCCAUGUCCCAGGACAAGAGUGGCUACCCUAUCUCCGGGGAGACCAACCCCCUGCACAACUCUGUCUUUGCCCAUCCAAACCCUCCUGGAUUUGGGGUGCCUCCUCCGAAUUACACACAGCCCCCACCCGCAUUUGGGGGCCCAGCACCUGGAGGGGUUCCAUACACUGCUCCGGGUGCCUUUGGGCAACCUGCCUUCUCUCAGGGUGCCCCUGGAUUUGGACAAGCUCCAUACCCUCAGAUGCCCUACCCACAGAUGCCAUACCCACAGGGCCCCUACGGCCAGGGUCCCUACCAGCCGGGCCAGCCCCAUCCAGGCUUCACUGAUGACCCCAAUGCUCCUCUCGGUAGCCCGGGUUACCAUGCUGACAUGCCACCGUCUUACUACGACAACGAAGAGUUCACCAGCUCUGGCUGGGAGGAAGACAAGGGCAUCCGACAGGCUUUCAUUCGCAAGGUGUUCAUGGUGCUCACAGUGCAACUGUUGGUGACCUUUGGCUUUGUGGCAGUCUUCACCUUUGUGGACGAUGCCAAGCUGUUUGUGCGCAUCAACCCUUGGACCUACUACGUGUCCUAUGCAGUCUUCUUUGUGGCACUGAUUGUCCUCAGCUGCUGUGGAGACUUCCGCCGCAAGCACCCCUGGAACCUGAUUGCAUUGGCAAUCCUGACACUGAGCAUGUCCUACAUGGUGGGGAUGAUCGCCAGCUUCUAUGAAACAGAUGCCGUCAUCAUGGCUGUGGGCAUCACGGCUGUGGUCUGCUUCACUGUGGUGCUUUUCUCACUGCAGAGCAAGUAUGACUUCACCUCCUGCCGGGGAGUCCUCUUCGUCUGCCUGAUCGUCCUUAUCCUCUUCUCGAUCCUCUGCAUUUUCAUCCGCAACAAGAUCCUGCAGAUUGUGUAUGCCUCAUUAGGGGCACUACUGUUCACCUGCUUCUUGGCUGUGGACACCCAGCUGCUCUUGGGCAACAAGAAGCUGUCACUGAGUCCUGAGGAGUAUGUGUUUGCUGCACUCAGCCUCUACACCGACAUCAUCAACAUCUUCAUGUACAUCCUGGCCAUUGUGGGACGCUCCCGCGACUGAGGGUGCCCCCUAGGGGAGGGAAGGAGAGACCAGGAGAGAAAUUUGUUUUGGCUCUGACAUACACGCUUCCAAUCUGAUAACCUUUAGAGAUUUUCCACAACAGUAAAGGACAUUUCUUUGGUAGAAUAAUUUAAUACUGGUUCGAAACUUGAAAACCAGUUGAAGUAUACUCAUUUUUACACUGUUUUUUUUGGACUACAUUGAUAAGUUGAUUCUCUUUUUGAUUUAUAGUACUUUUAAUUAAUUGUCCCAUGUUUAGUUUUAGUUUUUUCCACCGUCUGUACAAUAUGCCUCACACGUGUGUGCCUGUAGCGUCUUUUCCUUUCUUAAUCAAGAGUGGCAAGAUAAAGAAAAAAUACUUAACUGGAAAACGCAGAUUGCUUUUGAAGGAAAUAAAUUGUGCCGAUACAGCAAAAAGAAGAGACCUUACUCGGCUAUCUCUCUCCUAUCUCUCCUGAUCUGUGUUAUUUUCUACACAGUCAUUCUGUGUGAUGACCUAACACUACUAAUUUGGUUGGAAAGUAUUAGAACAAAUGUAACUUUAAACUCCCAUUGGUACGUCUGUAGUUGUAAAUACUUUGGUCUUCAUGAUGCUCACUCAUUUCUAACUGAUAAGCAUGCCUAGCUGACAUUGGCUUUGUGAGUAUUACUUACAAAAACACUUUGGCACUGGGAAAAGCAAAAACAAUUACAUGUACAUUGUUGCUUACAUAAUAAAUAUUACUUUUGUUGUUUUCUCCUGACAAUAGUAUGGAAGAUGUAUAUUUACUAACUGGAGACAAGUUCUGUCUUUUUUUGCAAAUGAAGAAAAGCUUGGAUGAGGCCAUGUUUGAUUCUUGCAAUACUGAAUGUUCAGUUUGUGUGUUCCCUUAAAAUAUACAGUAUUUUUAAUGUGAAAUGUAGAAGUAUUGAAGUGUUGGAGUGCACUUGGUCACCCUUUGUUUUGUACUGAACUGGACUGUGGCUUUUGGUCAUAUGUAGUUCGUGAUUUCACUGAACAGUUGAAACUUACACAGGAUUAAUAUGCAAAUUAAUAUAAAGAUGAAUAUAUUUGAAGUCUGUUGUAAUUAGUUGUUUUGAAUGUAUUUAUUUGAUUUGCUGUAGAUAGAACCAUGAUCUGCUCUGGAAUAAAAUUAUUUAUAAUUAUAAAGUUUGUCAUUCCAAAUAUAAGCCAUUGGUUAUGGUUGGAGCUUGGAGAAUACUCAGUAAAAUGUGUAUGUGAAGCCUAUGAGCACGAACAUUGUAGUACUGGCUUUGCAUGUACUCAUAAUAAAAUGCAGAGAUGUCACUUGCCUUUCCUGAUGUGUGGAUUGUACUUUAAAAUUACCCUGUAUGCUUUUUCAUGUGGUCUUGGACCUCUUAUUUAUAGAAUUAUCAAGGUU